AUGGCAGUCAAGGCUAAACAAGCUCCUUCUGAGGAGCAACACGGCUACGAGUUCUUUGGCCCUCCUGGCGCCUUUGUUAUCUCGUUCUUCCUCCCCGUUCUCGUAUACGUCUUCAACUUCGUCUGCAACGAUAUCUCAGGAUGCCCCGCGCCCUCUCUUCUUCACCCCAAGACCUUCUCUAUUGAUGCCUUCAAACAAGAGGUUGGCUGGCCCCAGAAUGGAGUCGCUGGUCUUGUUAGCUGGAACGGAACGCUUGCUGUUAUUGGAUACAAUGUGCUGUCUCUGAUCCUCUACCGCGUCUUGCCCGCGAUUGAGGUGGAGGGUACUGAGUUGCGCUCUGGUGGUAGACUCAACUACCGAUUCAACACCUUGUACUCCAGCACCUUCACUCUUGCGAUUCUCGCCGCCGGAACCGUUGCUCAGGGCGCCGAGUUCCCUGUCUGGACCUUCAUGUCGGAGAACUUCAUCCAGAUCUUGUCCGCCAACAUUAUCUACUCGUACCUCGUUUCGACUUUCGUUUACGUCCGAAGCUUCAGCGUCAAGGCUGGUAACAAGGAGCUUCGUGAGCUUGCUGCGGGAGGCCACUCAGGAAACAUGUUGUACGAUUGGUUCAUUGGUCGCGAACUCAACCCUCGUGUUGUGAUCCCUCUUAUCGGCGAGGUUGACCUCAAGGAGUUCCUUGAGCUUCGUCCUGGUAUGAUGGGCUGGAUCAUCAUGAACUGCUCGUGGUGCGCUCAGCAGUACCGCAACUACGGUUACGUGACUGAUAGCUCCAUCCUGAUCACCGCUGUCCAGGCCUUGUAUGUCUUUGACUCUUGGUGGAACGAGCCCGCAAUUCUGACGACGAUGGACAUCACCACCGAUGGCUUCGGUAUGAUGCUUGCCUUCGGCGAUAUCGUCUGGGUGCCUUAUGUCUACUCGCUUCAGACCCGUUACCUCUCCAUCCACCCCGUGUCCCUCGGCCCUCUAGGUCUCGCUGCAAUGCUCGGCCUUAUUGGUCUUGGCUUUUACAUCUUCCGCUCGGCCAACAACGAGAAGAACCGCUUCCGCACUAACCCCAACGACCCCAGAAUCUCGCACCUCAAGUACAUCCAGACCGAGAAGGGUAGCAAGCUGCUUACUACUGGCUGGUGGGGUAUGUCCCGACACAUCAACUACCUCGGCGAUUGGAUCCAGUCGUGGCCUUACUGCCUUCCCACCGGUCUUGCGGGUUACCAGAUCCUGAGCGCCGGAGCUAACGUUGAGGGCGCGUACGUGAUGCGCGACGGUCGUGAGGUUAUCCAGGGUGAGGCCAAGGGAUGGGGCAUGUUGAUCACAUACUUUUACAUCCUGUACUUUGCCAUUCUUCUUAUUCACCGAGAGCGCCGCGACGACGAAAAGUGCCACCGAAAGUAUGGCAAGGACUGGGAGGAGUAUCGCAAGAUUGUCCGCUCCCGAAUCAUUCCUGGCAUCUACUGA